AUGUCGAGGCCACAAUACACCCGAACGGCAUCGACGAACCUGGGCAGUGGCUCCGGUCAGCGUGUUCUGGAGGGCAAGAUCGCGCUGGUGACAGGAGCAUCGAGAGGUAUUGGGGUCGAAAUUGCACGCAAUCUGGCUAGCAAGGGUGCCAAUCUUGUCCUGAACUACACGUCCGACUCGUCUGCCCAGGCUGCCGAGGACCUCGCGAGCGGCCUGCAGGCCGAGUACGGUAUCAGAGCCAUCACUGUUCAAGCCAACAUGGGAUCGGAGACAGGACCUAAGCACGUCAUCGAAGUAGCGAUCAACCACUUCAAGCAUCCGAAGACUGGUAAAUUUCAGCUCGACAUCAUUAUCAACAAUGCUGGCGUGGCGGGCAACAACUUUGUGGAAAACGUAGAUGCGGAAGAUUUCGCCAGGCAGUACAACGUCAACGUUCGCGGGCCUCUGCUACUCUUGCAGGCUGCCAUACCCUACUUGCCACAUGACCGCUCCGGCCGUAUUGUCAGUUUGUCAUCAGUCAGUGCUUCGCUGGGAUACAAGGGUCAGUCGAUCUACGGAGGGACAAAGGCUGCGCUAGAGGCUAUGACAAGGACAUGGGCUCGUGAGUUGGCCGAGCGCGCAACCGUGAAUGCCAUCAACCCUGGGCCGGUUGCGACGGACAUGUACUGGGGCAACGACGAAAAGUUCAUUGCUCAGAACAAGCCCUUCAUCGAGACUACACCUCUUGCGGCCCCACGGAAAGGAAUCGACGAAGAGAGAAUUUACGAGGCAUCGCAGGGUGCUGGAGGACGACCAGCAUACAGUGAUGAGGUUGCAGGCGUGGUGGGUAUGCUCUGCUUGCCCGAGGCCGGGUGGACGACUGGCAGCGUAAUCUGCGCAAAUGGUGGUAUGAAGUUCAGCGUUUAA